UAUUUUCCAAAAAACUCCAAAAUUUUAUCCCUCUUUCCCCCUACUAUAAAUACCAUUUCCCCCCACUCUUAAAAGAGUUAAAACUCCCUCUCACAAGUCACAACAACAAAAAUGCAAACCACCAUAAAUUCUCCCUUCAUCCCAAAACCAUCUCAACUCCAUGAAGAUCAUCAUCUUCAUCUUCUUCAAGAUGAUGAUCAUCAACACCUUGAAUCUCUUUCUCUGCGUGAUCUUCCAUUAACAUCUGCUGAUGAUUCUCAUCCUCCACUUCGUCAACAACAAUCCGCCAAAAUCAAUCACAGUCGUCGUCGAUCAUCAUCUUCAUCAUGUUCCGAUCCUACCUCCGAUUUCUUCUUCGAGUUCCUCAUCAACCAUGACGAUGACCUCAUCACUUCUUCCGCCGAUGACGUCAUCUUCCAUGGUAGAUUACUUCCUUUUACUCCUCCUCCACCUCGUCGCUCUCUUUCUCUCUCCUCCGUCGCAGCUCGCUUGACUCGCUCUCAACUCACUGAGUCGUCGUCGCCUCCUGCGAUUCGACCGAGUCGAUCGUUGAAUUACCGGAAACUUCACCGGAAACAUAAACAGAAGAAUGAGAAGAAGAAACUUCGUCAUAACAGUAAUCCGUCGAAAAAUAACAGCGGAUACAUCGAUAAUAAUAAUAAUAAUAAUUCAGAGAAAAUAAUUCCGGCGAAAUUGCCGUGGUAUUUGAUUGCUUUCGGUUUACCGGUAAAAAUUCCGGCGGAAAUGGAGCUUAAAGACAUCAGAAACCGGCAAUUUCGCCGGAGAUUAUUUUCCGAUGAUCGGAAUAAUUCUUGUUCUUCUUCUGCUUCAUGGAGAUUACUCAGUGUAUUGAGCUGCAAAAGUCAUGCUACCGUUGACGUGUCGAACAAGGCACCUUUUCGUAAUUCCUUGGUGUGAGAAUUUUGUUUUUAAAGUGAAAAUAAAAAUGGAAAUUAGAAGCAUGAUGAGAGUGUGUUUGAGUGUAACAAGUGUGAGGAAGAAGGUAGUGUAUAGUAGUGGUGGAUAGUGGAGGUUUUGUAAGAUCAUGCUAAAUUUAAGGCAAUUAUUAUGUUUAUUAUUCAUUGUGAAGUAUUAUUUUCAUCA